AUGAACGGAAUUGAUGAGGAUGACCCAGAUUUCAUCAUUACAUCUUCUACUGACGACCAAAAUUGUGACAGUAUGCGAAGGAAAAAAUUGAUUCCGUCCAUCCAGCAGUCCAUCAAAACACGAGUACAUAAAGUCGGAACUUUGAGAGGGUUGCCACGACUAUUUCUAUUACGACGAGCAUUUUGCUUCUACUGGUGUGUGAUAAUAUCGCUGUUUACUUACCUCAAGUGGUAUUAUCCACUAUAUCUGACAAGUAAUGUCAACAGAAACACUUUAGAAGACUUUGGCAGGGACUGGUGUCGAAUGCGCAAUGCACGAGUAGAUUGGGGACGGCUACGGGAACCUUGCAUAGGAAACACGGUCUACGAAAAUAAUUUACCUGGAUGGAAUGUAGAAAACCGGACUAAUGGGAGAAUGAGUUUUGUUUCAUCCACUGAUAUUCAACCUGCUGGACAGUUUAGCAGGAUUAUCAUUCAGUCCCAGACUGUUGAGGACCUUCCAAAAUCGGUCGGGGGGGACUAUUGGCGAGUUUUUAUCUCGGGUCCCACUGGGUUUGCGCCCACGGUAACUGACCUUGGUAACGGAGAAUACGAGAUUCUGUUCUUGAUCCUACAUCCAGGAAAUUAUUGCUUGUCGGCGGUGUUGGAUCAUUCCCUAUGUGACGGGAUGAAAGACCCCCCGGAUUAUUGGUUUGUUUCAGGUAGGCAGGUAACCAAGAGAGGAUUAAACGAACGUGUUUUGUUCUUUGGAAUAAGCCAGGCGGACGGCCAGUCUCAUUGUAUCAUCUUCUCUUACUGUUACUUAAAGCUGAAGUCGUGUUUAAUGUUACAGUGCGAUUGCAUCAACCAGGGAACAAAAUCUACUCAGAGUCCUUUCUCUCGAAAGAACAGGGGGGAGACUAAAUACGAUUUUAAAGUUUUAGACUAGUCAUUAUACAGCUUCAAAUACGGAGAUUAAAACAGCUUAACCAAUAAACCAUUCUUUUUUCAGUUAACGGUAAAGGGUUAAGAUUAUCAUCCAUUAUUGUCUCUUCUUCAGGGAACAGUCACGGAAGCAACCAGCCACAAGGAAUUCUAAACGGAAAGCAAGUUUACUUAAUGCAACCGCUUUCGGGAGGCGAGGAAUUCUGUUUUGACGUGCCUGCGAGCAAAGGGCCAAUGAGAAGAGAUGGUAUUAAUUAGCGUGUUGGUUUUAAUUUUACGUUUUUUCAAACAACGUUGUUGUCUUGGGCACUUUUUAUCUGAGCAAACUGAUCUAAUUGAAAAGAUGUGAGCCGUGUCGACAGAUUUUGGAAACGGUUCUCUAGUUAUCAGACCAGUUUGUAAUCAUAAUUAACCUCUCUUUUCCUUUGAAAAACUACGAGUUAAGCUUGUUCAACGAUGGAAAAGGAGGUUUUUUUUUAUAAUUUUGUGCAUUUUUCAGGCAAAAGAAGGCAAGUGCGAAGUGAGAAUUACGUGGAAUUGCGUCACGCUCGCGGUUAACCCCGAUCAAUGAAUCCUUACCGCUAUGGUUGUUAACAUUCUACCCAAUUCGCACGGCAUACGAACCGAAAGUAGUUCCUUCGCACCCAUUCCAUAACUUGGUUCUUUCAGUCAAAAUCAUGGUUUUUCAGUGUUGUCAUUUUUCUUUUGCAGAAUUUUUGAGUUACGGGCUUGGAUAUCCGUCAUAUUGUGGAACAAAUUGUAAAUUUCUAUCGGAUGGCUUCGGUUACUGGAGCAAUAGGACUUGGGUACCACACGCCCCUGGUAAGGUGUAGUACUUUCAUUUAAGAUUGACUAUCGUUAUACACUCCCACAUCUCUUCAAAUUUUCUUAAGGUACAAAGACUUGAAAAAGUCUCAAAUUUAACCAGUCUCAGUCUUUUUGUGUGAGGGGUGGGAGGGGUGGGAGGGUGGGAGGGGUGGGGGGGGUGGGAGGGGUGGGAGGGGGGUGGGGGUGGGAAGUUUUCCCUCUGGACAAGUCAUCCACAAUUCUGCUUUAGGACAAAGGGCAGCGGAACUCAGGUACUAUAUAGAUAAUCGGGAGAAAUCCCCGAUAUGGCAGUACAGAUCCAAACAUGUUUAAUGACUGAGUAAUCGAUUGUAACAGUUAUACAAUAGCAGUGCUUGUAACGCGUGAAGUGCGCGCAACGAAGCCCUAUACUUAUCAAAAAUAGAGUACGACCAUGCGACCGUUCGACCGUAUAAGGUGCUACUCUUAACAUGCGUGGUCAACUGUACCGCGGGCACGUCAACGCCACGGCUUUGUCCAGUAGUCCAGUGGUCAGUGCACUGGGCUCCGAGUCGGACCACCGGGUUCUAGUUCUGGCCGGGGCAAGGCGUUGUGCCCUUGAGACGUGCAGGAAAAAAAAAUGCGAGCUCCGCUUUUAGGCUUGGCUAAAUCUAUAUAUUAACCCAUCAAGCUGAGAAAAUUUUAGACUUUGUUCUGUUGUCGUUUCGCAUUUGACUAUUUUAAAGGAUAAUCACGAAUGAAAGGCAAAACAUCAAUAUUUAGAGUGAACUUGCAGUGGAGUCUGAUUUUCCGUACCUACCAAAUUAAGGGAAUAUUAACUGAGAAAACUUUCCCCUUUUCCCUGACCCACAAUAAUCUUUUAAGUCUAUUUUAAAUUUCGCGCCACGCAGGGAAGUUAUACUUAUUUAUUCCUCCCAUGAUAACGUGGUUGAUAUUCUCUUGACCAAAUGGACUGUAACAAAAAAAAAACCAUGUUGCUUAUGGCACACAUUUUGAACCCUUAUUUUUCAGAGAGAUUAUUCAAGAAUUCUCCACGUAAGAGGAAGGGAACUCUGUGGAUCUAUGGUGAUUCAUUAGCCUUGCGAUUUUACGAUUCUAUUUACUACACAUCUCUCUGCACGGAAAUAUUCAAGGCCUGUAAUGUGACGUACACUUGGGUGUACAACAUGAUUGAGCCAGUGGAAGUUGAAAAGUACAAAAGGACUUAUCGAGAUUUUGAUCCUUCCCGCGUGUUACAAGAAAUUAGAAACGUCAUUUAUCUCCCUGAAAUGGACGAAAACAGUGUGAUAAUUCUCAACUGUGGACUGCAUUACGUAUCCGCUUUAAAAUUUGGAAUUUAUCGGAAGCUUAUUGAUGCAAUUAUUGACAUGUUUAAAGAGACUUGGGAGAAUGAACAUGGCGUGAUCGAACUAAAGUUCAAAGGGAAACUGAUUUGGAAAACGACGACAGCCAUUCACAGAGAGAGAUUUUUGUAUCAUGACCAUCCAAGCCCGCGGUUCUUAACUCUUCAGGUACGUUUAAGACCUAUGUUCUAAUCAAUUGAUUAUGAUUAUCAAAACCAGUUUGCCGGUUCCCAUAUGGACACCCCGCCCGGUAAAACAGUGAUGGCGUAAAACUUUUUAGAAUAUUGCAAAGCGAAGUAAAUUAAAAACCGGUACAUGCAGUUAAUGAUUACUUUCGACACGUGCUUGAAAAUGAUUAUAUUUUAAUUGAAUAAUCAGUUUUAUUCUGAUCAUUUUUUGCUCCUUGUUUCUCCACAGCGCAUACAGUUGUACAAUGCAUACGCUGUUUGGGCCAUGUGUAAUGCGGGAAUUGAGAUUUUGGAUGUUUUUCCGAUGAGUUAUUCGUUUCCGGAAGGAACCGACGGAAGUAGCGACAGAUACGAUGCUGUACAUUAUAAAAAUAUUGUCUUCAAACCAGCUGAACAGCUUUUGUAUGAAUAUUUCAAUCCUUACAUGGACAAACCAAGGAAGAUUGGGUUGUAUUAUUCUUUAUUUGGAAAUAAAACCGCCAACUUGUAA